AUGGAGGUUGAUCGUGAUUUAAUUGACUACGAUUACAUCGAUUACAUUAAAAAACAAUGGAGCGACAAUAAUUUAACAUACAUUGUAAUGGGUUCUUGUAUUAGCUUUUACAAUUUUCGUGUCGAUUAUGCUAGCAAGAAACAACAUUAUGAUGGUGAGCUGUUCUUGGAGGAAAAUAAUCAAGGUGGAAUGCCCGUUACAUUUAUGAAUAUGGAUGCUGUUAGAACUAAAUUGAGUGUCGGAGAAAUUUUUAGGUUGAACGUUAAAGUAUCUAAUGAAAGGAUUCUCCGUCCAUGGAUGUAUACGUUUUGCAAACAGAAGAAAUCAUUGGGUGAUGUAUGCAGUGCCAGUGAGGCUGAAAAGAAUAUGGCGAAGGGAUGGUGGGGCUUGUGUUCUGACAAGUUUGAUAACACCCUCAAUGAAUGGUUGGUCAAAUUACAAGGCAACGUCGACAUUAGUGAUUGUGAAAAGUUAAACUCCAAAGUUCGAAAUAAUUGCUUAUCUGAUUUCUGGCGGCAUACAAUACGGGAAUUAAUAGAGGCAAUUGCUCACAUUCAUGAUUGUGGACUGUUCCAUGGUUCGUUGAACGAAUAUGAUAAUUAUGUUGUUGUUGGAGACCAACUGAAACUAUUUAACAUCAAUGGUUGCUUGGAGGGCCUUAAAGUACAAGAUCAAUAUUCAAGGAAAAUCCAAGAUUUCCAAGAGUUCAGGGACACUCUGAAGAAGCUGCUGGAACCUAGUACUAAAUGGCUUGAGCGUGAUGGAUUUCUUAAUUGUUUUGACGCAGCUACAGUGUUCAGCUAUAAAAAAUAUGUUGAGAAAUUGAAGAAUCACCCCUUUUUAUUGACUCCUCAUGAAAGGCAUGAGCAGACAAGGCAUGAAAGGGUGGGAUGGGUUGUCAGAACUGAUGUGGGGCUGCUGCUGCAAGCUGGUGGAAAAGGAGGUUUGUGGGGUGGGACUGCUACUGCAAUGGAAGCGGAGGCCAUUCGAAAGGCAACGGUGGCAUGUAUUAGCAGUGGCGUAAACAAAGUGGAGGUGGAAUCGGAUGCUAUGGCAAUUAUUCAAAUGAUACGGGGUGAAAGAAGAGCCGAUAUGGAGGAGGUAGCCAUCGUUUUUUAUAUGCAAGUGCUGGCUACCGAAUUCCAGCAGGUGGCGUUUCUCCACACUUCACGGCGGUGCAACAAGGUAGCGCAUGAAGUUGCGGCCUUUGUGACCAGAUAUGGUGGUAAUAAUGCCUGCUUUAUUGGGUAG